AUGGGUCUAUACACGAAGCUGCCAGAAAACCUACAAGAGGUGGAUGUAAUCAUUGCAGGAGGUGGCUUGGCAGGAUGCGUUAUUGCUGGACGUUUAGCAGAGGCAGAUCCAGCGUUAUCGAUCCUGGUGAUUGAACAAGGCCCGAAUAACUACAACAUGCCUGAAGUCGUGUAUCCGGCUCUUUACCCAAGAAACCUCUUUCCGACCAGCAAGAUCACUCUCUUCUGGCAAGGCAACGAAUCACCACAACUCGCUGGUCGUCACCCAAUCGUCCCAUCAGGAGGCACUCUUGGUGGUGGAUCUGCCAUGAAUUGGAUGGUGUAUACUCGUGGUCAACGAUCCGACUUCGACUCUUGGCAGGCAGAGGGCUGGUCCGCAAAUGAACUGCUUCCCUUCCUGAAGAAAUUCGAAACCUAUCACGGUGCUGGUGACAAGGAGCAUCAUGGCUACGACGGUCCUGUCAACAUAUCAAGAGGUACUUUCAUAGCUCAUCGUGCCGAGAACUCUUUUAUCGACGCAGCCAAAGAGGUCGGCUAUCCUGAGGUCAAAGACUUGCAAACUCUUGACAACAACAAUGCCAUUGAGCGCUAUUUACGAUAUGUCGGACCCAACGGAAGGCGUCAGGAUGCCGCUCACAGGUAUCUCCACCCGAAGUUGCAAAGUGGAGAGCAUCCGAAUCUGCAUGUGCUGGUUGAGAAGCAGGUUAUCAAGAUCCUUUUUGAUGACAACAAGCGAGCAGUUGGUGUUGAGUAUCAAACAAAUCCUAAGUUCAUGCCAAAUCCUGAAUUCAUCGCGGCUGGCUACACGUCUCCACGUACAGUGCGCGCUUCAAAGAUGGUCAUCAUUUCAGCUGGCGCUAAUGCCACACCGUUGAUCCUUGAGCGCUCGGGCGUGGGCGAUCCGAAGAUUCUAGAGCGCGCAGGAAUCCCGGUCAUUGAGGAUCUCCCCAGUGUCGGAACUGAUUACCAGGACCAUCAUUUGACGCUUUGGACGUACCGAACCAACUUGUCGCCUCGCGAAUGCAUCAAUGGCUUUGCGGACGGUCGCUUUGAUAUUGCUGAAGCUAUCAGGAAUGGUGACGAAUUGCUUGGUACAAACGCAAUGGACGCACAGGGUAAAUUCCGGCCAACGGAGGAGGAAGUUGACGGCCUUGGACCUGAAUUCAGGAAAGCUUGGGAUCGUGACUUCAAAAAUGCUCCUGAUCGACCUCUGAUGAUUAUGGCGAUGUAUCUGAGCUACUAUGGCGAUCACUCGAGCCUCCCUGAUGAUUCUGAAUAUGUAUCUAUGGCAAACUGGACUGCAUACCCAUAUUCUCGCGGCCACGUCCACAUUACUGGACCAACCAUGAUCGACCCUGUUGAUUUCGACGUCGGCUGGCUGAAAGAUCCCAACGACAUCGACGUCAAGAAGCACAUCUGGGCAUACAAAAUCUCACGCGAAAUCUGGCGCCGUAUGAGUAUCUUCCGAGGUGAAUUGGCAGGCAACCAUCCUCGCUUUCCAGCUGGAUCAAAAGCCGCGAUCAUAGAGAAAGCUGACGGGCCAGUCUCGAAAGGCAAUGAGCGCAUCCAGUACUCAGCUGAGGAUGAUCAGGCAAUCGAGCAGAGGAUACGCGAGAUCCUGUCAACGACAUGGCAUUCCCUCGGCACUUGCAAGAUGAGGCCGAGAGACAAGACUGGAGUGGUAGACAACAAAUUGAAUGUUUAUGGUGUGAAAGGUCUGAAGCUUGCGGAUUUGAGUAUACCUCCCGAAAAUGUGGGAGCUAAUACUGGUAACACAGCAUUUGUGAUUGGGGAGAGGGCAGCUGAUAUCUUUAUUCAGGAGCUAGGGCUUAGAAAGAGUCAAGCUAAACUUUAG